UUCGGUUCGUUAGUUUUAUAUAAGUUUAUUAUAAUGUUUUGGUAGAUAGUGUGGAGUUGUUUUUCUAUGUUUUAGUUGUAACACAUUCGCGGACGGCACCCAUCGUGUUAUUGGUGUGUAGUGAGAAACUGUUAGUGAUAUAUUGACUGUUGUAUGUGGAUAUAAAAUGGAACGUUAUGUAGUAAACCGGCGUUCUAAACACAAAAGUGAUGGAUUGUUGACGAGAUGGAGGAGGAAAUGCAACAAUUUGAGAAAGCGCUCUUGGAUCACAAGCGGAUACGAUUUAAAUAAUGCCAGUUACGUGAUCAACAGACGAUACUCGAAAGACAAGAUGUCACCGGUGUGCCACAACUUCGUGCAGAACGCCUGGAAGAAGGACUUCUGCUCCAACUGCUUCAAGUCUCGCGAGGAACACGUCAAGCAGGACCGGACAGAUGGCGGCAAGUACCUCGCCACACCCUUCCAAAACAGAGGCACAUACUUCAAGAAAACACCCCCAAGCAUACUUAAAGUACACACGAAAAAGAAAAACAAACGAAACGUCACCUUCCCCGAAGAAGUAUGCAGUGUUAUAGGCUUCGGAGGCGACGACUGGUCUGAUGGGGAGGAAUUCGAAAUGUCAGAGGAAACUGAAGAUGAGGACCCGUUCCCUGAUACUGAGGAGGAGAGAGAACUUCACAGAAUCACGAAAUCGAACACAGAUUUCAACACAGUUAAAGCUAAUCUGUUAGCAGACUCAGCAGCUAAAUCAUACACUUCGCUGUUGCUCGGUAAGAUGCAAACAGAUUCUGAAGGCAAAAAGAAAACUCUGUUAGUGUCCGUCACGCCUUUUGGUCAGGAUAGUAAGCCUAAUCAUAAGUCACACGUCCGUAAACCCGCCGUUAUACACGUAUCAGAAGCAUCUGUUGAAGAUACGUGUAGUAGUUAUAAAACUAAUAUAAUUCUAUCGUCGUAUAAAGAAACAGAAACUAUCAUAAGUGCAGACAAUAGCAGUUCAACUAUUUGCACUGAAAAGUCGCUGUUAGAGGAAAUAUCAGAGACGUUAGAACAAAACCGAAUGACUAACGGCAAUGAUAUCCAUCUGCCUAAAGAUAGCAGUAAGCCUACUGUGGUUGACGAAAAAAUGAAGGAAAAUAUGCAAGAUGAACCCGAGAAGAAAGAAAUGUGUGAAAUUAAAAAGAGCGCCAUUGUUAGACAAUUACCGUUACAAAAAACUCACGAGCGGCCGAAAGUAAACUUAAGUCGGUCUGAAUUUAAGUUUUGUAAGAUUAAUAUUGAGAGCAGCAGUGUUGAUUCAGCUGUAAGCACUUUGAACUCAACUGCUAAUAACUCACUAGCGUCCGACGACGAGAGCUUCAGUGGGCGGACAGACUCGGACAAUGACGACAGUGGUCACUUUUCGGAAACCCAUAAAUGUGAGGAAACCGUUAAGAUAAAGGUAUUUAGCGAUGGUGAUAAAAACAUUAAAAUGUCUCCAAUCGGGCAGCUUAGAAAAGUCGACGGCCAAGCUAACAGCGGGUAUUCUACAUUCCAAAGUCCGAUCAUUGACAUGCCGCCAAUUAUUCCAAAACAGCCAGAUAAUAUAUUUUCUGCUGAAGCCAGUCGCGAGUUGGCUGGCGAGCCAGACGGCAGAGCCGAUCCGGACGACACUACGGAAGCGCCAGCUCUACCGAAAAGUCCAAUCCCCACUCUAGACCCGCGACCGUCAUUCUUGCAUGGCAUGAUAUCUGACAUAUUGCCUGCACACAAACCGGCUCUACCAGAAAAACCCAAGCUACCAGUCAAGCCGGUUAUCAAACAGACAACAAAAAAAAGUGUUAUCACAACAACUCAGCAACAAAUAAAUAUGUACAUGCACACAAAAAAAGAUGAAGAUGAUAAAAUUAUCGGAGCGUUGAGUGAAGAAAAAAAUAAUGAGAUAACAGAAGUGCACGAAGACAAAGCUGAACCGAUUUAUUACGCCCAACCGGUGCUAACUAAAGAGGACAGUGACUCGUCGCUCAAUACUCUCAGCAAACGAAAAGCGCCAACUCCGCCAUCAUCGCCUACGAUUGAAGAAUACCCCAACAUUUACCAAAGAAACACUGCUGGAUUCAUGAAGUCAGACUCACCCAUCGUGAGGGAAUUGGAGAAAAGGGAAAGGGCGACAUCUGGGGGGUCUGCAACAAGCAAAAUGCGACCGGCGGAAGAACCGAUUGAAAUUAGAAAAGUUGAAACUACCCCUGAACCAGCCCCGCGAAGGAAUAUAUCGCUGUCUCACGACAACUUACUUUUGGACGACAAACGUAAAGGAAAACUCAAAUUUUCCAUCAAGAAACUGCUGCGGAUAGGUUCAUCAAAGGAUCUGGACAAGAAGGAGUUAACAGUUGCGACAGUGACAAAGAUGUCGCACAAGCCUGAAGAAAUAUACGAUCUGACUCCUAAGCCCAAACCUCGGCUCGUGAUCAUCCAUCCUUUGGACAUAAACGGAUCUAACGGAGUGGAAGUUGUGAAAUCGAACUGUGAAAUUGCAGGGAACUUGCGUCGUAUGAGUCAUGAUGAUGUGUCCUCGAUAUACAGUGGUUCUAGUUCUGCGACGGAGCCAGAGACUCCUAAAGUGGUGAACAAGCCUCCCCCUCCUCCCAGGCAGUCGAGUGAGGAACAUAAGACAGUGUCUAGUUUACCGAAGCCAGCGCGCCCACCGCCGCCCAAAUCAGCUGCCUUGCAAAAGAAACAGAAACAACAGACGUGGUCAUCUGCACCCAAACAGGCUGACAGUAUUUACGCUAACUUAGGAGAAAUCAGAUCUGCGCUCGCGCCGAGAAAACCGGAACGGACGGCGAGCAUGCGCGAGAGAGAAGCGCAUUUGGAGCUACCCAAACGUAGGAAUCAGAUAGACGAUGACAAAGACGAAAUAGACGACGGACCCCAGGAGUUGGUGCAAGCUACCAACGAACCAGUCAUCAACAGUUACGACGACGUUUACAACUCCGCUAAAUACGACGAAGAAAACUGUGAUUCAGCCAAAAACAGCGAUAGUGAUUAUGAAUACGUGCACCACGCUAGAUCGAGCUCCCCUGAAUGCGAUUCUGCCAUAAAACCAAGAGAGUCAAACACUGAGAUAGAAGCUAGAAAAAGCGAAGACAGCAGCCAAGAAUAUCCUAAAUACAACAACGGGAUAUUUAACAGAACUUCUUUACCUUACUGUGGUAGUGAAACGGAAUCAGAAAUUUAUUCGCCAUACAGCUUCUACAGUUCGAAUGACAACAUGGACAGCCCUGGCAAUGAGGAUUACCAAAACGAGCUGACUCCAAAAACGACUACGAAUAAACUUCGAGUCAGGAAAGGGCGAAGCGUGGUGCAUAGAAACCUAGAAGACAAUUACGGUGCAGUCGUUAUAGCAAAUCACGAAGCGCUCGCGCAAGUUUUAGAACAGGUCCAACAAAGUGCAACAAUGCAACCAUCCCUCCGGGGUCUGAAGGCUUGCACCAACCUCAGAUGGAAUGACUUCGCAAUCCAGCAACCCAAACCAACCCCCAUCAAAGCUGGCAAGCGGUUUUUCUAUCCAGCCAUAUGGAACUCCAACCAGGGCCCAGUAAAUGUGACCCUGAUGGUCUACAAAGAGCAAAUGGCUUCGCAAAUGGUCUGCCAACAGUCUGUUCAGCCGCAAACGUUGAGUCUGAAUGCUAUAACGGAGUUCUGUGACUUGGUGCCGCUGCAGCAGUUUGGGGAGGAAGGCGAAGAUUUGGUGCAAGCCACAAUAGUAGUUCUAGCCCACGCCCAUGUGGAUACCAUCCACUCUUACGGCGAAAACCUUCACGCAGCCGAAGGGCUCACCACGAAAGAACACCAACUGGUUCAAACCGAACAGAUCCAUGAGGCCAUCUUCAUGAUGCUGCAAAUGAUUAACGGCCUCAAGUGCCUACAAGCGCGAGGAGUGGAAGAAAUACCGGAGUCUUUGACUUCUUUCAUAGCGUUGAAGGAGUCGCAGCCAUUAGCGUCUCAUGGAAGCCAUGGAACCCUGAACCUGCCGAGCUCGCCUGAUGAUCGGUUGAACUCCCUUUGGGCGCCGAAGACGAACUCUUAUGGAAGACUCUGCAUAUUACAGGGAUUGAGCGACGAAAUAAACAGCAAAUCGACAGACGAGGGUCAUCUCAAUUCUCUCUGUAAAUGUGCUAUAAAGGCGACCGAGAUUCUCCUCCCUGGAGAGAAGCUAACCCCCCUUCUCAAGGAAAUAUUUCACGAGGAACGUGCAGUAUCCCUUAAUCAGGCGAAGUCUGUCCUGGAAUUUAUGCUAUGGGGACCUUUGGACGUUGUUCAAGGGGUCCCUGUGGAAGAAAGGGAGCUGUCACUACAACGGUGGCUGGACCUCGAAAGGGCAACAGUCCUACACGGUUUAGUUCGAACAAGGGUCCAAUUGAACGUGUUUGAACAACUCCACCUUAUGUUCUUAGUCCGGUCUACCGCGAAAGCCAUGUGUGAUGCCUCCGUGCUUCUCGAAAAAGCCAAUGUUUAUUAAUAUAUCUGUAAAUUUUUAAGCUUUACUUUUAAUGGUGACCUCUACGUUGAUAUCCAGUUUUAAUUUUGUAAUUUAAUUGAUUAAAUAUUGAAGUUUUUUUUUUUUGUUGUAAUUAUUAGGUACUGUAUUUUUGUCUAUGUUUGGUUUGUAUCACAGAUAACGUAAGAGGCAUCUAUUCUUUAUUGUAAAACUAAGCUUAGUUAGGCACCAGAAGACUUUUAUUUAGACUGUAUAAUUCUAAUGUUUGGGUAUGGGACAUGAUUGUUAAAGAUAUAUUAAUAUGUUAAUAUAAGUAACGUCGGCUGAUGUUUUGAGAUUGUGUAUAUUAAAAUUGAAUUUAUUAUAAACUGCCAUUAUGGGACCAAACUGUUCAAGACUUGGUCGAAGUUAUUAUAAUCCAUAUUUUGAAGCCCAACACGGGCAAUAUUUUACUUAACAACACAAAAUAUGUGAAAAUUUUCAACAAUGUUGCCAGUUAAACAAAAAUUCCUACUGUUUUGGUAAUAAAAAUAAAUACAAGCAAUUUUUUGUUUUCCCAAUCAAUGUCUAGAAUGGUGCCAAUUAAUAGAACUGAAAGUAUAAUAUACUCAUAUACUAACUCCGGUGCCUUAUAAUGUAAUAUACGUAAGAGCUGUAUCAUAUCGAAUAUAAUUUAUACUUACGAACUCCGUUAGGAUUAAGAGUUCAAAUUAUUAAUUUACCCUUUGUAAGAGUUCAUCGAAUAUUAAAAUACAUAUUUCUUACUAUA